UUCGCGUCUCUUCGAUUCUCUCCAUUCACUCUCCCGCCAUCGCUAUCCUUCAACCAUGGCCGCCGCCGCCUCCGCCUCCGCCGCCGCCGCGGCAGCCAUUCUCACCGAAAGCUCCACCCUUUCUGGCUCCCCUCGCUCCACUGCUCUCCCUUCUCCUCUCCCUCGCUUCUACUCCUCUUCAGCCAUCUCACCACCUUACUUUUUCCGUCCUAUCCUCAGACGCCGCUCCAUUCGUCCCCGAUCUCCCCGUUUCUACGUCUCUUCCAACGCCUCCGCGAAGGUAGCGGAGAGGAAGAAGGUCCUCAUUGUCAACACCGACAGCGGUGGGCACGCCGUCAUCGGUUUUUAUCUCGCCCGUGAUCUCCUCGCCUCCGGCCAUGAGGUCACUAUUCUGACUGUUGGAGAUGCGAGCUCUGAUAAGAUGAAGAAACCCCCUUUCAAUCGGUUCUCGGAGUUAGUGAGCGCUGGCGGGGAGACAGUUUGGGGAGAGCCUGCGGAGGUAGGGAAUAUCUUGGGAUCAGCAGUGUUUGAUGUGGUUUUGGAUAACAAUGGGAAGGAUUUGGAUACUGUGAAGCCUGUGGUAGACUGGGCCAAAAGUUCUGGUGCUAGCCAAUUUCUGUUCAUUAGCAGUGCUGGAAUAUACAAGACAAGUGAUGAGGUUCCUCAUGUUGAAGGGGACCCUGUUAAAGAGGAUGCCGGUCAUGCGGCAGUGGAGAAAUAUAUUGCAGGUCUGUCAUUUAGCAGCUGGGCAAUAUUCCGCCCGCAAUAUAUGAUAGCAUCCGGAAACAACAAAGACUGCGAAGAGUGGUUUUUUGAUCGAAUUGUACGUGAUCGACCAGUUCCGAUUCCUGGAUCUGGCAUGCAACUGACCAACAUAUCUCAUGUGAGGGACCUAUCCAGCAUGCUGGCUCUUGCUGUGGAGAAGCCUGCUGCUGCAAGUGCCAAGAUAUUCAACUGUGUCAGUGACCGUGCCAUCACAUUCAACGGAUUGGCCAAACUCUGCGCUGAAGCUGCUGGCCGGCCACUCGAUAUAGUUUACUAUGAUCCGAAGACAGUGGGAGUUGAUGCAAGGAAGGCGUUUCCAUUUCGUAAUAUGCACUUUUAUGCAGAACCAAGAGCUCCCAAAGAGUUACUGGGUUGGACUAGCACCACAAACCUCCCAGAGGAUUUGAAGGAGAGAUUUGAGGAGUAUGUUAGUAUUGGGAGAGACAAGAAGGAAAUGAAGUUUGAAACUGAUGAUAAAAUACUAGAGUAUCUUAAAGCUCCUGUUGCCGUGUGAUGAGUCUUUCUCGGAGAACCGUCACUGUAAAUCUUUACACCAUUCAUGCUACUUCUCAAUUGUGUGAGUUUGGAUCCUUGUAUUUUCCUUUUACUUCAUGAUUAUGGUACUAUGCCUUCCCCUUUGGCAACAAGUGUAAAGAGUCUUAUCUCUACUUAGAGA